GGCGCGCGCCAUGUCCUCCCAACCGUCCGGCUCGAAGCGGAAGAACGACGACGGCGCGCCCGCGCCCGCGGCCAAGAAAACGCGUGGCGGCGCCGCCCACGCAGCGACCGUCGCCCUCGUCAACUCCAUCCUCGCCAACCCCAAGGGGUACCCCAUUUCCGGCAACGAGGAAGUCGUGCGCAAGUCUCUGGUCGAACUCGCGAAGUACGCGCGCUCGCUCGAGGAGCAGGUCGCCGACGCGGGCGCGCCUGUCGCGGGCAGUAGCAAGGCGGCCGCCGCUGCGAAGCCCGCGAAGUCCCCGGCAGAGCUCGAGGCGGCGGCGGACAAGAUCAGGCGCGCUGCGCAGAGCGGGAUCAAGAAGCAGAUGACGUGGAAGCCUUCGUGCAAGACGGGCUCCGCGAAGUUCUCCUACGACGGCAUCUGCCCCGACCCGGAGGUGUUCGGCGCGCUGAUGGGGCUGGGCGGGCCCCCGAAGUUCAAGAUGAAGAAGUUCAGCACGGACGAGUUCCAGAAGCUGGUCGGCCCCGUCGAGGGCUCUGUGAGGUACGACACGCUGCACAUCACGAGCAGCGAGGUCACGGUGCGCUGGUCCGACAGCGGCGAGUUCAAGUUCAGCGGCUCGUACGGGAAGUGGCAGCCCGGCAAGGACUACUAGUGGGCCCGGGACGCGUCGCGACGAUAUACUUGCCAUUGGUGUGGCAAUAUUUGGUUUCUCUAAUCUACCCUAUCUCGCUGCAUCUUAGUUUCAAUUGAUCUUUUU